AUGAAUGAUAGCCACCGGCACAAUCAGCUCAGCAGUGAAGCGUCCAUCGUCCUUUCACUGUGGCUCUCUAUUUCUGGUUUUGCAACUGUCACUGGAAAUAUAGUUGUGUUGUGGCUGUUCUACAAAAAUGAGUCUUUACGAAGAAUUUCCAACCGUUUUUUAGCCUCUUUAUCCGUAGCAGACCUUUUAGUUGGGCUUGUGAUAGCUCCUACCUGGAUCAUUUUCAUCCGGUGGUUUACAUUUCACAGCGUCUUUUCAGAAUGGUUGUGGGUUCACACAACCACCGCAACCACUUAUAACAUUUGCUGUAUUUCUGUCGACCGUUUCAUUGCGAUUUGGUUUCCUUUCCGUUAUGAGGAAAUUGUAACAAAGACAAGAUGUUACACAGUGAUAAUUUUAGUGUGGUUGUUUUCACUGGGUCUUCCUUUCUCGACGUUGCCAGUGAGAGACAAGGAAAAUUUCAAUAUUGUGAUGUUAUGGAUUUCCCUGGCAUUCAUAACAUUUGUUAUUCCAUUACUUGUGGUCUCAUGUUUCUAUAUUUUAAUUUUCAAAUCAGCAAAAAAACAGUUUUAUAGAAUACUAGCAGGAGAAAGUCUUAUAACAUAUAACGACAAUUUUAGAGUUCGUAGUAUGAAAAAUUUUAAAUCUAUUAAAACCAUCGGUUUUGUCUUGGGUGCUUGUAUUAUCACAUGGAUGCCCAGUCUCGUUUAUAUGUUUGUUGAUUUUUAUUAUACCGUGAUAAAUGACUGGGAUAAAAGUUGGAGAUUAUAUUAUGUUGUGUGGCCUUGGGUUGAGGUAUUCGCUUUUACUUCAUCAGCGAUCGAUCCAUUUUUAUAUUGCUUUCGAAAUAAAGAGUUCCGCCAAGCCUUUCGCCGAACCUUUCGUUGGUUACCCUGCAGACACAGCACAAGAAACACCUGGCUGAAAUCAGGUGGAAACCUGAUGGUACGAAAUGGUUUUAAAAGAUCUAGAGAUAGAGCGGUUAGGGAGACAAAGCUCUGA